AACCCGGAAGCGGUGUGUUCAGUGAACACGUGGGUUGGUGCUGGUCUGAGCGCUGGGCUGGGAGUGCAGAGAGGAGAGCCGCUAUGGAGGACAGUGUCCCGGCUGGCGGGGAGCUGAUUGGGGAGGGAGACUUCGUGGUGCUGAAGAGGGAGGAUGUGUUUAAAGCAGUCCAGGUGCAGAGGAGGAAAAAAAUCAUUUUUGAAAAGCAGUGGAUUUAUUUGGAUAACGCCGUUGGUAAAAAUUAUGGCACCACAUUUGAGAUUUUAGGAGGUGGAAAUCUUCAAACAAAAAGAAACGAAGCUGCUGCAACAGAGCUGAAGGAAGCGGGAGCUGACAAUCGUAAUAUAGUUGAUGAUGGAAAAUCUCAGAAACUGACUAGAGAUGAUAUAGAAGCAUUAAAGGAAAAGGGUAUAAAAGGCCAGGAAAUUGUUCAGCAGCUUAUUGAAAAUAGCACAACAUUCCGUGGCAAGACAGAGUUUGCUCAAGAAAAAUACAUUAAGAAAAAAAAGAAAAAAUAUGAAGCAGUCAUUACAAUUUUAAAGCCGUCUACGCGAAUUCUGUCAAUUAUGUAUUAUGCAAGAGAACCUGGAAAGAUCUGCCAGCUCAGACACGAUACACUGGCUCAGAUGUUGACUCUUGGGAAUAUCCAUGCUGGGAGCAAAGUGAUUGUAAUGGAGACAUGCGCCGGACUGGUUUUGGGAGCAGUUAUGGAGCGUAUGGGAGGAUUUGGGUCUGUUAUACAGAUGUACCCUGGUAGUGGACCCGUCAGAGCAGCAACAGACUGUUUUGGUUUCCCAAGGUCCUUCUACAAAUCCCUUCAUGAGUUUCCUCUGAGCAAAGUAGAGAGCCUCCUCACUGAAACGUAUACAACUCGGACUGUUCCUUCCGAACUUGACCAAACCCCUGCUGAUAAAGAAAGCAAUGGUUCCGAGAAUGAGAAGCAGGAUUCCAGUGUAAAUAUCGAGGAGGAUUGCAAGCCAGUGGCAGAACCUGAAGCUUUGAUGGACACCAAUGAGGCAGAAAACCAAGAAGUAUCAGAAGGCUGCGGUGAAGACCCAGCAAGCCAAGACCAUGGAGAUAAACUAGAAAAGAAGCAAUUUCAGACAGUAGAAAAGAAGAAGAAACAAGACGAGCGAAAGAGGAGAGAAUCCGAAGCGGCCGCCCUGCUGCAGGACAGAAAUGCUGACGGGUUAAUAGUAGCAUCGCGAUUCCAUCCCACACUCAUGCUACUUUCUCUAUUGGAAUUUCUUGCCCCUUCCAGACCUUUUGUAGUUUAUUGCCAAUACAGAGAGCCUCUCCUUGAAUGUUAUACAAAACUUCGGGAAAGAGGAGGUGUAAUUAACCUAAAACUUUCUGAGACGUGGUUAAGAGAUUAUCAGGUUUUGCCAGACAGGAGUCACCCAAAGCUCGUAAUGAGUGGUGGCGGCGGCUACGUUCUGCAUGGAAUCACCGUGACCAGGGAAGAUGUCAAAGCAAAUCCCCAAAAACAAGAGAAAUCUGAUGAACCAGCAGCAAAAAAAAUCAAAGUUGAAGAGCCAGGAAGCUGAUGGCUUUAGUAUUACCUUUAGUUUCGGUCAACGACUCCACUUCAUGGUCAUAGAACACAUACCUUUUUAUUUGUUUUGUAUGUAUAUUUCACAUGUGCAAGCAUUGUGUUUGAGAAAUAUAUAUAUAUUUAUAAAUUUCCCCCUUUACUUUUAAGCCUUUAAAAGAAAUAUUUCCAGGUAUUCGUGUGUGUAUAGAAAUAAAAUUGGCCAUGCUGGUCUAUUCCAUGUAUCUUCUUUGAAGAACAAUGAACAUUAUUACAUCAAAAUAUUCAGAGUCAUUGAAGUAGCUAUCUGUUUCAAUAUUAAAAAAUGUUUUGUUUGUUUUUUAGAAGAAUGUAUAUUUAUACUUCACUAUUCUGUGAAGAGCAUG